CUUCUUCGCCCUCAGAUUCUUCACCUUGAAAGACCAAUAACAUUAUUUCCAGAUCCAAACAAUGCCAUCUUCACUCUCUCAAAUUAGGGUUUUCUCCAACUUUUCAAAUCCCUAAUUCUUGGGCUUGCAUCAAUCUCAUUGGAUUUCCUCUGGACUCUUUGCGAUCAUCGAGGUCUGUAUUCCUCUUCCGCCUGCCGAAUUAAGAUCAGAAGCAGCGAAUUCCUCGGAGCUUUCCUCGAUUUUUCAGCUAGGUUUCCAGUGGUGUAUCAUCUCAUCAGUUGACCUUUGCUUUUAUAGCCAGAUCGUUCGUGGUUGAGUUAGGGCUCUUUACAGGUUUUCGUGUUGAUGAAUUUCCGCCUCGGUUCGGGAGUUCAGUAAUUUCUCCUCUCGUUGUAGAUCGUGAUUUGGGCUUUUAGGUUUUCGUUUACUGGUGGCUGGGAUUUACCGUAUCCUUAUCGAAUUCGGACUCUCUGCAUGUGUAAGCCUUAAAGUCGGAAGUUUUCCCCAGUUUCGUUCUUCAAAGAGUUUCUUCUGCUGUAGAGUCAAGAUAUUUACGCGCACUGAGAAGUUUUUAGGAACUACGUUCUGUGGAUUGUUGUAGCCUGUAACUAUAUAAACACUGGGAGGGGAUGUUUGGUUCUACAUUGGAUAGCAGCCGUGGAAACAGCGCUGCCUCAGGGCAGCUUCUUACUCCGACCCGCUUCGUGUGGCCUUAUGGAGGUAGAAGGGUCUUCCUAAGCGGAUCUUUCACCAGGUGGACAGAACAUGUGCCAAUGUCACCACUUGAGGGCUGCCCUACUGUUUUUCAAGUCAUUUGCAACUUGACGCCUGGUUAUCAUCAGUAUAAGUUUUUUGUUGAUGGCGAAUGGCGGCAUGAUGAGCACCAACCAUUUGUAAGCGGAAAUGGUGGAGUAAUGAAUACAAUAUUUAUAACUGGACAAGAUAUGGUUCCUACUGGUUUUAUCCCAGAGACACUUGGCCGAGAGAAUAUGGAUGUGGAUGGUGUCUUCCCGCGAAUGACUGAUUCACCUCAGGAGUCUAUCCCUAGGAUGUCAAGUGUUGAUUUGGAGGUGUCUCGUCAUCGUAUAUCUGUUUUAUUGUCUACUCGUACUGCAUAUGAGCUGCUCCCAGAGUCGGGCAAGGUUAUUGCAUUGGAUGUUAAUUUACCAGUGAAGCAAGCAUUCCAUAUACUCUAUGAACAGGGGAUCCCUUUGGCUCCUCUUUGGGACUUUGGUAAAGGCCAAUUUGUUGGAGUUCUUGGUCCACUGGACUUCAUUCUAAUACUGAGAGAGCUUGGAACACAUGGAUCAAACUUGACCGAGGAAGAACUUGAGACGCACACAAUAGCGGCCUGGAAAGAGGGGAAGGCUCAUAUUAGCAGACAAUUCGAUGGGAGUGGGAGACCGUAUCCUAGGCCACUUGUUCAGGUUGGGCCCUAUGACAAUCUGAAAGACGUUGCCCUGAAAAUUUUGCAAAACAAGGUGGCAGCCGUUCCAGUUAUAUAUUCUUCUUUGCAGGAUGGUUCAUAUCCGCAGUUACUGCAUCUUGCUUCACUAUCAGGCAUAUUAAAAUGUAUAUGCAGAUACUUUAGACAUUCGUCUAGCUCUUUGCCAAUCCUUCAGCAGCCCAUUUGUUCCAUUCCCCUGGGUACUUGGGUCCCUAGAAUCGGAGAAUCAAGUAGCAAACCUCUCGCUACACUGAGACCACACGCCUCUUUGGGUUCUGCGCUCUCAUUAUUAGUUCAAGCUGAGGUUAGUUCAAUUCCCGUAGUUGAUGACAAUGACUCGCUUAUUGACAUAUACUCCCGAAGUGACAUAACUGCUCUGGCUAAAGAUAAGGCAUAUGCACAGAUUCAUCUUGAUGACAUGACGGUUCACCAGGCGCUGCAAUUGGGGCAAGAUGCGAGUCCGCCUUAUGGAAUCUUCAACGGGCAGAGAUGUCACAUGUGCUUGCGGUCAGACUCUCUUCUGAAAGUGAUGGAGCGGUUGGCGAAUCCAGGUGUAAGGAGGCUGGUGAUAGUGGAAGCAGGGAGCAAACGUGUUGAAGGUAUCAUAUCUUUGAGCGAUGUUUUCCAAUUCCUGCUCGGUCUUUGACUCCCACAACAAAACAGCCUCCUCAAAGCUCUUAUUCUCAUUUCCUCAAGUCAAACUACCCAACAAUUUGCUUCUUCUUUUUUCUUCUUCUUUAUGUGUUUUUUUUUUGGGUCCUUGCAAGGAAUUUGUAAAUUUGCUACGAACCUCUUCAUUGUUUUCUUCUUAUUUUUGUUGUUUUAGUUGAACCCAUUCUUGUGAAGAUAUUGGCUACCGGAAUCAUUACUAGUAGCUUCUCUCAGCUUUUUUUAUUCCCUCUUA